AUGCUAGAAUGGGCUGCCUCUGUAGGCACUACUCUCUUCUCUCUCUUCCUCUUGGUCUUGUGGUCCUAUAAAAAGCGAUUCAGUCUUCAUUUCCCGGCAGCUGCCUCCGCAAAGCCCGUAGACGAGGAGGAGCAGCGGGAGGACUACAAGCUGAUCUGUAAGCCUUCUGCUCUGGCCAACUACCUGCUGAGACAGUGCCGGACUUUUUGCGGCUUUUCCAAUGUCUCCUGGCCGUGGAGGACUUUCCCCAGCCUGCAGACCAUGGUGUCCUUGCUGGGACCCGUGGAUAAAGGGGUGCACUUUGUCAGGGAGUACCUGCAGUUGCCUGAUGAUGGCUUGGUUGCUCUGGAUUGGGCUGUAAAGCCUGGACACCAUCAGAGGAGGAGGAGGACAUCCAGCAACUCUACAGUGCCCAUCCUCCUGGUCAUCCCUAACUCCUUUGGCAAGAUCACUAGGAAUACCAGCAAGAUGUGUCACUUGGCCCUCACCCAUGGAUACCAGGCCGUGGUCUUUAACCGCCGCUGUCAAAAUGGAUGCCCACUCAGCACAGCCAAGUUACAGCCGUAUGGUGAUCCUAAUGACCUUUGUGAGGCCAUCCGGUACAUUCGUCAUUGUCAGCCCUCAUCUCGUCUAUUUGCUGCAGCAGAAGGCACUGGCGCUGGACUUCUUCUUUCCUACCUUGGCGAGUGUGGUUCGUCGAGCUACAUCACAGCAGCAGGCUGCAUCUCCCCUCUGUUUCGCCUGCAGGACUGGUUUGAAGCUGGGUGCCCGUGGCUUUGGCAGUCAGCACUACUCAUGUAUCAAAAAAUGUAUUUAAGCAGAUAUGCUACAGCUUUAGGGCAUCUGAUCAAUACAGAAAGACUUUUGGGGAGCCGGACAUUAAAGGAACUCGAAGAAGCAUUGUUUUGCCAGACGAAGACUUCUCCUAGUGUGACAUGGGAUUCCUAUUGGGAAAGGAAUGACCCACUCAGAGACAUUGAUGAAGUGGCUAUUCCGGUACUGUGCAUCUGCAGCCAAGAUGACCCCAUCCGUGGGGAGCCCCACAGCACAAUACCCUUUGAACUCUUUGAGACAAACCCUCACUUUUUCCUAUUGAUGAGCCGUUAUGGUGGCCACUGUGGCUUUAUUAAAGAAGAUGUGUCUAGUACAAUGUGGAGUCACAGUGCUUUGCUUGACUUCUUCAAGUCUACUGUGGACUUCUUUGCCAUGGAAGAAAGGCUUAAAGGUCUCUCAAGGAGAAAAGGAACCGUCUCUGGGAACAGAACACCACAAGACAAGGCCUCGUGUAGAAAGGAACAAAGCUGUCCCCAUAAUAUCCAUGAAAUUUAUAACUGGCAGAGAUCCUACACAAGGUGACAGGAACUGUAUUGCUAGAUAUUUUUAUAUGGACUAUCA